AGCCAAUGGGCGCCGAGGAGGUGGGCCGGCUGGAGGCUGUCACCCUCGCGGGGACGGGAGCGCGGAGACUGGGAGCGCGCGAGCCGCCGCCGCGCCCCAGGUCGUGGGGGAGGAGCGGCCGGAGGAGGAGGAGGAGGAGGAGCCGCGGAGCUGCAGCCCAGGGACCACUGCUCACCCAGGCUGCGGAAGACAGACGCCGGCCCCAAGCCUGCCGCUCCGCGCCCCCGACCGCCAGCAUGAUCGCCGCGCAGCUCCUGGCUUAUUACUUCACCGAACUGAAGGAUGACCAAGUCAAAAAGAUUGACAAAUAUCUCUAUGCCAUGCGGCUCUCUGAUGAAACUCUGUUAGAUAUCAUGGCUCGUUUCAAAAAGGAGAUGAAGAAUGGCCUCUCCCGGGAUUUUAAUCCGACAGCCACAGUCAAGAUGUUGCCAACGUUUGUAAGGUCCAUUCCUGAUGGUUCAGAAAAGGGAGAUUUCAUUGCCCUGGAUCUUGGCGGGUCUUCCUUUCGAAUUCUGCGGGUGCAAGUGAAUCAUGAGCAAAAACAGACUGUUCACAUGGAGUCCGAGGUUUACGACACCCCGGAGAACAUCAUGCACGGCAGUGGAAGCCAGCUUUUUGAUCAUGUCGCUGAGUGCCUGGGAGACUUCAUGGAGAAAAAAAAAAUCAAGGACAAGAAAUUACCUGUCGGAUUCACGUUUUCUUUCCCUUGUCGGCAAUCCAAAAUAGACGAGGCCAUCCUGAUCACCUGGACAAAGAGAUUUAAAGCGAGUGGAGUGGAGGGAACGGAUGUGGUGAAGCUGCUUGAGAAAGCCAUCAAAAAGCGCGGGGACUAUGACGCCAACGUCGUGGCUGUGGUGAACGACACCGUGGGGACCAUGAUGACCUGUGGCUACGACGACCAGCAGUGUGAAGUCGGCCUCAUCAUUGGCACGGGCACCAACGCGUGCUACAUGGAGGAACUGAGGCACAUCGACCUGGUGGAAGGCGACGAAGGGAGGAUGUGCGUCAACACCGAGUGGGGGGCCUUCGGGGACGACGGGGCCCUGGAGGACAUCCGCACCGAGUUCGACCGGGAGAUUGACCGGGGCUCACUCAACCCCGGGAAGCAGCUGUUUGAGAAGAUGGUUAGUGGCAUGUACAUGGGGGAGCUGGUCCGAUUGAUCCUCGUCAAGAUGGCCAAGGAGGGCCUCUUAUUUGAAGGGCGGAUCACCCCGGAGCUGCUCACCAGAGGGAAAUUUAACACCAGUGACGUGUCAGCUAUUGAAAAGAAUAAGGAAGGCCUCCACAAUGCCAGAGAAAUCCUGACCCGCCUGGGAGUGGAGCCAUCCGAUGACGACUGUAUUUCGGUCCAGCACGUGUGCACCAUUGUCUCGUUCCGCUCUGCCAACCUAGUGGCUGCGACGCUGGGCGCCAUCCUGAAUCGUCUUCGAGAUAACAAGGGCACGCCCAGGCUGCGGACCACGGUUGGUGUCGACGGGUCUCUUUACAAGACGCACCCACAGUAUUCCCGGCGUUUCCACAAGACCCUGAGGCGCUUGGUGCCCGACUGCGAUGUGCGUUUCCUCCUCUCGGAGAGUGGCAGCGGCAAGGGCGCUGCCAUGGUGACCGCGGUGGCCUACCGCCUGGCUGAGCAGCACCGGCAGAUAGAGGAGACCCUGGCCCACUUCAGUCUCACCAAGGAUAUGCUGCUGGAGGUGAAAAGGAGGAUGCGGGCCGAGAUGGAACUGGGGCUGGGCAAGCAGACGCAUGACAAGGCCGUCGUCAAGAUGCUGCCCUCCUUCGUCCGGAGCACUCCCGAUGGGACAGAGCACGGUGACUUCCUGGCCCUAGAUCUUGGAGGAACGAAUUUCCGCGUCUUGCUGGUGAAAAUUCGUAGUGGGAAAAAGAGAACAGUGGAAAUGCACAACAAGAUCUACGCCAUUCCCACGGAAAUCAUGCAGGGCACUGGGGAAGAGCUGUUUGACCACAUCGUUUCCUGCAUCUCUGACUUCCUGGACUACAUGGGCAUCAAGGGCCCCAGAAUGCCUCUGGGCUUCACGUUUUCGUUUCCCUGCAAGCAGACGAGCUUGGAUGCGGGAAUCUUGAUCACCUGGACGAAAGGUUUUAAGGCAACUGAUUGCGUGGGGCAGGAUGUAGCGACCUUACUGAGGGAUGCGGUAAAAAGGAGAGAGGUAACUAUUAAAAGGAUGUUUUAAAAAAUCUUCCCUGUU